CUUCUGAGCGAGAAAGGGAAGUUAAACAGUAAAUUAGUUUUUUUCCGUUAAUUAGAGGAAACAAUGAAUUAAUUACUGAUUGUUCAAACAUCCCCUUAAACAGAAAUUAUAACCUAAGUUUAAAUUAUGUAGAAAAAAAGGGGGAUAAUUGUUCAAUAAUGACUGAAUACGUCUCCGCCAGAAAAACUGCGGAUGGCUACACUCGAAUGGAGAUGGAAGAUUAUUACGAUGAUGUGGAAUUGGAGAAUUUGUAUCAAUGGAUUGACACAAUUCCUCUAUCGAGACAGAAGAAAAACAUAGGAAAAGAUUUCUCUGAUGCCAUUUUACUAGCAGAAAUUGUAAAAUAUUAUCUUCCAAGUAUGGUGGAACUUCAUAAUUACACUCCUGCUUCCUCAACUAAUCAAAAAAUGGAAAAUUGGUUUCUUUUGAAUCGAAGAGUGCUGCGGAAAUUAGACAUGGAUUUAUCUGAAGAUGUGAUGAGAGCUUUGGCAAACUGUCGAGCUAAAGUUGUAGAGAAGGUACUGAUGUUACUACGUACACAGAUAGAUAAAGAAUUAGACAGAAAAAGAAAUCUAAGAAAAACCUAUCCAUAUCUUAAAGCAAGAUCAUUGGAUAUGAAAACAACUAAAGUGUCCUCACCUGUGAAACCAAACAGAGGUGGUGAUGCCGCGAGAAAUUCUUAUAUUUCUCCACGUAAUCAACCUAGACGUAACACACCACGUGUUAAAGUGGUGUUAACACAUCAAUCUUAUGGUAAUCGUCCAAUGCAAGCUCCAGUAUCUGACAAUGUCUCGCGUUCAUUAUGGGAUGAACAAGAAGAUGAAUGUAUUGCUAAAGAGGAGACGAUCCAGAUUCUGAAUGCCAAAAUCAAACGCUUGGAACAUCUAUUACAAUUAAAAGAUGUUCGAAUACAAGAUUUGGAAGACAGAUUAAGUAGGGCUCGAGUGAGAUAGGAAAGAUAACUCUUUGGGUUCUUGGUACAGAAUCAAAAGGGGAUAAGAAUAGAAAUUUGG